AUGGCCCCUAGCCUCCGAGACCUGAUUGAUUUCCUCCUCGCAGAGAUUGCGCUCUGCGGCAGUCAAGGCGCAUCUCCUGCGGACAUCUUAUCGUUCAUUGAUGUUUUCUAUGCCAAAUCUGCCAAAAAUGAAUCGGAUCGCACACCCGUCAUUGAUCGGCGAUUCCAGGAAAAAGUAUGGCAAUGGUUAACCAGGAACCCUGAAGUUUCCGUGGGCAAAAACCGCGAGGGAAAUGGGUUGACCCUUGAAGAGGCCGAAAGGCGCCAGCUGGGGAUGAAGGAUGCAGAGGAGAAACCCAUCAAUAUGUUUGUUUCUGAGGAGCGGACAUGGCUCGCCAUCACUGGACAUGGGCCCGACGACACCAAAGUCCUUCCUAUGGAGUUUGCGCUUCUUUCUAUCAUUGCUUCUCACAAAUUUAGUGGUAUUGCUCAACCAGAGUUGAUAAAACUCAGCGGGCAAGACAAACGAUCAGUGCCCAAGCGUACCGAUGUUCUGCAACGAAAGGGGUACAUUGAAAAGAGAGCCAUUCAGAUGAAAGCGACCCGUACAAGUCUUUGCACGCUGCGUAAAUUUUUGUCCCCAGAAAAUGUCGCCGCUGGCGCCCCUGAAUCUGGAGCGGACGCUGCCUCCAAGAUGAUCGAUUUCAAUACGUUCACUAACAGGCUCUUCGAAAUCCUGCGCGAACAUAAAGUUAUCGCCCGAAAUGAUUUGAAGGAGCUGCUGGGCUUCGAUGAUCAUUGGCGGUGGAGAGUCCUUUCCCGUGCUCUACGAAAGUUUGAGCGUAUAGGUGUCGUCAGACGUGUUCGAGCUCUAUCACAGUAUGCCCACACUGUGAAGAAAUACCACCCAUGCGUAAUGCUCGUCCGCGAGCCGACAGAAAAAGAUAUCGAUGCAUUCCACGAUUUCAGCCUGCAUAUGUAUUCUGACAUGGAGCAAGGUGGAGAUGCGGGUUUCGAUGACGACGCAGAGGCCGAAGAUGCAACUGGGGAGCCGUCCACCGCGGGCAAUGUCCGGUCGAUGGAAAGGGAAGAAGAUGUGGAAGUUUCUGGACGAGUAAUUCCCCUUUGGUCUCCUGAUCGAAUCAUCCAUAAUCAGCUUUUCGAGGUGAUCGACCGAACCGGGACCAUGGGGUGCACCAAUUUUGAUGUCAUAAGAGCGUGUUUUGGAGUUCUCUGGCGACGACCAUUGGAAAACACCUUAACUCGUUUAGUGGAAUGCUGGCAACUGUCCCAACCUCCGUAUUUACGGCAUCUCGCUCUGGUACGUGAUACAGCCUUACAACGCACCAUCACUCAUUACGUCCAUUACUCUGCUACGAACUUCAGUAAAUUGGUUGAAGCUGGAGAGGCAUCCUGGGAGGCUGUUGAAUUCGUUCCAAGGAAUAAUAAAUCAGACACAAUUCCUGUUCCGCCUGUGGAUGCAAAGCCACAGCUCGAUGACUACGGUUUACCUUUGGAUGCUCCCAAGAGCGACUUGGUCAAAAAUGGCGACUGCUCUCUUGCGGAUGGUAUAUGGGUAGUCAAACCAAAGGAUUACAAAUGUUCCAGUAGCGAUCCCCAGGCCAUAAAGUUAGAGGGUGGCUCAUAUACGAUCCAGUACGGCGUCAAAGGACAGAACAUCCCGUCUCCAUCUGGGCGGCGAGCUACGCCGGCAGCCUCUCCGGUACGAUUGAAAUUUGAAGACGAGGCAUUGUCGAACAUAAGCCCAGAUGUCGUUCGGGCACCUGCGCCUAAACGCCUGAAGAAAUCAAAGUACGACUCCUUGGAUUUCGCGGGAAUGUCUGAAAAAGAGAAACUUGAAGCUAUGGGCAUGGAUGCGACAUGGACUGAAUAUAGUGUCCUCCUUAUCGAGCGCCCAGGUCCUGGAGUGUAUGUUACUCCACGCGGACGACGGCGACCAGCUGGCAAGGAGAGAGGACGUCCACCGGCUAGUCGAAUCGCGGUAUUCAAGUCGCCGAAAUUAUUGAAUCUAUCGUGGUUUCGUAAAGAGAAUGUCGGAUCAGAGAACGGCAGCCCUGCACCUCAGUCGUCUCAUCCACAGAAUGUCGACGAAAGCCUAUUGACUCCUGCGCCCAACUCAGCCGAGCCCGCUGGACCACAGGGACCGGGGGUUAAACGGGGCACAAAACGAUCAUCUCAGCGAAGAGGUUCUGGACCAGAGCCCGAUAAGACUUCAAAGUUACGCCGUAUCGGUGACGCUGAUACCGGUCUAGGGGCUCCUCAGGAAGAGCCAGGUGCAGACGAGGUAAUACUUGAUGGACAAGCCGCGGAGACAAGUUUGCAGGAGCCUCAAACUCCCUCACACACCAGAGGCAAGAGAAAAAGAACAUUGUCUCCUGAAAUUGCGAGUCAAGAAAGUGCUCGUGCGCGGGAAAAGGGCGGUAGGGCGACAAAACCGUCCUUUGAAGGUGUGGCACAGCAAGGUAGCCCAGAUACGGAGACCGGUCCAAAAAGGUCUCACCGAAAAUCAACUGGUCGAGGAACAAGCAAGGGAGCAGAACCGUCGGUUAUACCAAUGGCUGGCACAAAUCUACCAGAGACGCCUAGGGCUUAUAACGCCGACCAACAUCCACCGGAGUCGACGAGACAAGACGAGAUCAUGCCUGAUGCUUCCCAACGCCCGGCUCAAGUGGUAGUAGAUAAUGAUUCUGCCGUUAAAGCUCCACUGGAGGAACCUAGAGCACCGUCACAGAGAACCGCAAAUAAUGGUUCGAGUGCAUCUAAUACUGGUGCCGCAAGUAUACCGCCAUCAACACCUGGUGUUUAUGGAACUGAAACACCCGGGUCCCACAUAUCCCAUACUCCAGAAACCCCAGCUUCACAUGUGAUACGACCAAAGCUUCUGGAUAAAGGAGGCUCCGUUGCCUUUCUACGGAGAAAGAUCGUUAUGGAUCUCGUAGAAAAGGCCGGGGGUGCCUUUCCCAUGGGUUCCGAGCUUUGGUACCCUUUUGUCACUGUGUGGAUGAAGACCAAGUAUAAGGAGAAGCCGGAUAUGAGGACGCUCAGAACCGCAGUCAAACAUCUGGUAGACACGGGAAAACUCCGACAACAAACCUUCUGCGGGAAGGACAGCAAGGGUGUGAUGGUCACGAAGACACUCAUUUGCAAGUCGGAGCUAGGGCCAGAUGAUCCCAUUGUUAAGGAUAUGCAGCGAACGUUUUUGGCAUCGACAGCUCGACACUUUUGCCCUCCUAAUAUUGAAGUCGAUCCGAGCCUCUCGAAGCAAAGGGGAACCCCCAAGGCCCCCAAGCAGUAUACUGUUCCCGUUGAACCUACCGUUACCGUGAAAUUGCAUCAGAAACCAGCGGCAGUCGCUGCGUUGGAGAAGAGAAGAGGCGAAAAUAUCCAGAAGAGGCUUCUUCGACGCCUCGAAAUCGAGCAGAUGCGUGAGAGCAUGCAAGAAGUACGACCGUCAGGCGCCGUCAGAUUGUUCUCAAUUCCACGACCUGAUGGACUUACGCCUUCAAUGCAUUCCAUUCCCGGAAGUCAAGCUAGCCUUGGGGGUUUCGAUAUGGGCGGUGCAUCAAUGCGUCGCCCUUCCACUGGUGGGGUUGGCCCUCGCCGAUUGAAGCGCUUCCAUUUUCCUAUCUCUUUGAUGGGGCCGUAUGCAAUGUUGAUGAGCCCAGGCCAAACAUUCAACCCUGCAAACGGUACUUUCUCCACCAAUGCAGGCCUCGCCACUAUCACUAGGGGUAGACCUAGGGUCCGUCCAUCCCCGGUGAUGUGGAUGCUAAUGUGCCCAAGCCAAUCCUUUAACCCAGGAAACGGAACCUUUUCUACCAACGCAGGGCUCUCUGCCCCUAGACCCACUUACCCCCGUACGGCACACAGACCGGAUCCUCAUUUGCCGCAUUCACUUGAUGAUCUAUUUGACCAAGCUGGUAGACGCAAUGUGGGAAUGGCCGGGGAGUCAGACCCGCGCUCGAGGAAGUUCAUCCGAGACACCAAUGCGAUCCUGCGAUGGGAGCUGCAAAACGAAAGGCUUCUUCAGCAGCAGAGAAGCGAGGAUCUGCACUAUAUCAACCAGACGAUCCAUGAUUCCGAUACCUUUAAAAGUGCUCCAAUCGAGGGUGGUAUUCAGUUCAUUCCCGGGGUCGCACCCUAUCCGAGCUCUCGCAGGCGGAGACGACCGCGGCAUGAGCGCCGUUCUGGUGAUUUUGUCUAUGAAGACCAUCCUCCGUUCCCGCCGCGACCUGCAAGUCCGACGUUGAUGAAUGAGCUGUCCAUGGAUUAUUAUAAUUAUCCUAUCGCCCCUGCUGCGCCCCAGCAACGCCGUCUAGAGAAAUUGAAUGACAUGAUGGCUACUGGGGCUGAAUCUUCUGCGUUACAGAAUCGACCACUGGCCCGUCGCACUCGUGCUACUGGGUCUGUGUCUCAUUCAAUGUAUCAGAACCUCAUGAUGGCGAUUGUGGUUGUGCGUGCACUAGCUGGAGGUGCCGACGGUAGGAUGGUCGACUGGAUUUUGGUGGGAUGCUGCUUCCCAGAGGAAGACCCGAAGGUUGUCCAGGAUAGGGGAAAAGCGUUACUGGCUAAAAAUCGCCUUCAAAUAGCGAAAAUGCAGGGCGACUUUCAAGAGCGAUUCAUCGAAGCAUACGCGAAUGAAGAAGUCCCUGCUAUCAACUACGAUGAUCUGGAAGUGUAUGACUGGAAUGCUGUUAUUGAGUGGGCUAACGCCAACUUGGACGUCCCUAAGUCACAUACCACCCCCGAUUUGCCUGCCACGCGAGGCCAGUUCAAUGAUAUCUUCGAGCUCCGCGAAGAACCGCUGAUGUCCAUGGAUGAGUAUUACCAGACCCACAGCGUGACGCUUAACCGCAAAAAAUUGCUACUAUCCAACGUCGCGUUCGCAGCGCCCCUACCCUCAAACCCAAGCAAGCAGCGUUCUAAUCGACACAUGGAACUUUCCCAAUUCGAGACCGUCAAAACAUUUGUCCGGGCAAACAUCCUCACCCCGGCAGAAGUAUACCGCGCUGCCGACGCAAAGGCUGCCCUUGAGUAUCUCGACCACAAUAUUCUAAGCAACGCACUCCAAGCCCUAGUAACAGAGCGCGUCAUUUCACAAAGCAACAAAGGCCGCAUCCUCCCCGGACGCAACUACGACAUCACCGACCACUUCAUCUACACUCUAAGCAAACGGCGUGCGAUCGAAUCUACCGAGCUUCGACGCGCAUCCAAAUUCAAAACCGACACCCUCGACCCCGCAUUCACCAGCCAAGGCUUCUACAGCGUCCCGUUCAAUGCCGAAGACGGCGAAAUCCUAGCCAUGAUCAACCUCUUCGCCUCAGGCCGGGUCACAAUGGCUCCACGCCACCCCCCAAGAGACAAAUUCGGUCUGACGGAGGGCGGAUACCUCACGCGGAUGAUGAACAAAGACAAACUCCGCUUCCCUGUUGAUCUGUACCCCGUGGAAGGGAAAUACAUUGCCGGAAACCCUAUCUCCGAGAGGACAUCAGCAAUCCCACCCCCUUGUCCACCGCGCUUCCCGCUCAAUGAGACAUUGUCCCUCCCUGAGAAAUUCCCGCUAUGGUUCGAUAUUCAUGGUGGGUUUAUCUCUGUUCUCUGGGACCUUGCGGUCUCGGCUACAUUGAGUAAUGUUGCUGUGAGGCCGGGGAUUACGGCUGAGAGGAUCGCGGGAAUGAUCAAACCGACUAUGGGCGCCUGGGAGGUCCGCAUGGUGUUGGAUUGGCUAGUUCAAGUUGGGGUGAUGAAGAAGAGAAGGGGUGAUGAUGGUGAUGAAGAGCCUUCUUGGUCUGUUAUGGAUUGGUGGUGGAUGGCUUUGUCUUGA